UGGAGCACAGUUCUACUGUGACACACGUGGUGUCACCCUGAGUCCAAAUGGGCUCCACUGAAAAUGUUUUGUUGUUGUUUCUGAAUCAAGGUCCCACAGUGGUUGUUUAGGUGAAGAAAUCCUCUUCCAGCCUUCCUGGAAUCUCCCUCCCGCCCCCUCUUGCCACACCACCUCUCGGUGCACUCACAGGAUGGGAGUGGACCAUGUUCUGUACUUCUCAGUCUAUGCUGUAAGUUUCCUAGGCAGAGACAAGGCUGUCUUGUUCCCUGUUGCCCAGUCUCCAGCCCCACAGGCCAAGUGGAUUUCCUAACGUCACCUUAAACACGUCUUCAGUCGCCACUGGGUCUUGUUUAGCCUGAGUGUCUGUGUAUCUCAAGGCAAGCUUGUUGUCUGGGUCUGUUUAUCUAUGACGAAUUUGAACAUACACUGUAUUUAAACAUGUUGUUUGGGGUCCGGGAUGCUCUGAAAGCAGGGAUACCUUUUUUGUACCUCCCUUCCACCUCCCCUCCCUGACUCCCCAAACUGGCACACAGCAGACAGUCAAUAAAAGCUGGAUGAAUUGGUGAUAGUAAAUUUGUGGCUUUUAACCAGUGCCUGGCACUUUGGAGACUUCAAUAAAUAAUUACUGCUCUCUCCAGCAAGCUGGUAACGUCCUCGAGGGCCCGAACCAUGUGUUCAGUAAGGCCCCGAUAAUGCAACUAGCAAUCAGCUUGGUCCCUGCUAUCAAGGAGUUCACUGUUUAGUGUAGAAGGGUAAGAUAAUAACUCGUCCAUUUAACAAGUAUUUUUCCAAAGUCAGUACAUAUGUACAAAAGUGGAAAAGAUGAGGCAAGAGUGGUAAUUCCCCCGGCUCCAGACAAAAUUGCGGGAUUGACUAGGGGGCAGGGUCGAGGACAUCCUUUAACCUUUUCAUUGGUUGUUCCGGACCCUCCCUAUGACUCUACCAGUUUGCGACGCCUGCCGCAGCCCGCAGGCAGCCAAUGAAAAGCGCCAGAGGAGCGGUGCCGAGACGCUGACGCGGAUUACAGCCCAGCAAAAAAUGUCGCAGUUCGGACUGCCCAGUGGCGGGGUUUGUAAGAGGGCCGGGCCGGGGCGAGCCGAGCCGUCCGGUCGCUGACCGCCAGCAGCCAUGGAGGACGAGCAGCCCGACAGCCUGGAGGGCUGGGUACCGGUCCGCGAGGACCUCUUCGCCAAGCUCGAGCGGCACCAGCUGCGCUUCCUCGUGGCCUGGAACGCCGCGGAGGGCAAAUUCGCUGUGACUUGUCACGACCGGACAGCGCAGCGGCGGCGGCGGAGCGAGGGGAGCCGGCCGGGUUCCGAGCUGGGGCCGGAGCGCGAGGCCGCCGCGCCCCUCCCCAGCUGGACUGGCCUGCUGUCCGCAGCCGGGCUCCGCGGCGCGCACCGGCAGCUGGCGGCGCUGUGGCCGCCGCUGGAGCGCUGUUUCCCGCUGCUGCCGCCGGAGCUGGACGCGAGCGGCGGUGGGGCCUGGGUUCUGGGUCUGUGGGCGUCGGUAUGGCCGGCGCGCGCGGGCCCCGGCGAGGCGGCGCUGCAGGAGCUCUGCUGGCAGCUGGAGCGCUACCUGAGCGAGGCGGCCGACUGCUGCGGCGGCGGGGCCGUGCGCGACGCGCUCUUCCCGGCCCAGGGCGGCGCCGCGGACUGCGAGAGCCUGCGCGAGUUUCGGGAGCGGGCCCUGCGCGCGCGGUGGACGGAGGCGGGCGCACGGCUGCGCCAGGUACGCGCUGGCGCCGGGCUGCGGACGCCGGUUCUUCAAGGCCAUGAAAAAGCCAACACAAUGGUCACAUUAAUGAAAGUUUAUCAAGAGGAAGAUGAAGCAUACCAGGAAUUAGUUCUUAUGGCAACCACGUUCUACCAGUACUUACUGCAGCCAUUUAGGGAUAUGCGAGAAGUUGCAACUUCACGUAAGCUUAGCAUUUUGAAGUCCUUGGAUGAGGAUGAUCUGGGACCUAAAAGGGUAGUUGCCUUGCAGAAGGAAGCCAAAGAAUGGACUAGACGGGCUGAAGAAGCUAUAGUCUCUAUUCAGGAUAUCACAGUGAAUUAUUUUAAGGAAACAGUAAAGGCAUUAGCAGGAAUGCAGAAACAAAUGGAACAGGAUGAGAAGAGAUUUGGCCAGGCUGCCUGGGCCGCAGCAACUCCCAGGUUAGAAAAACUCAAGCUGAUGCUAGCUCGAGAGAGCCUGCAAUUCAUGAGAGCCAAGGAGUUGUGUUUAAAUCAUAAAAGAGCUGAAAUUCGGAGAAAGAUGGAAGAUCUUCUGGGAAAAGAAAAAAACAUAGAUGUUGUAGAUGAAUUAGAAAUACAGUAUUAUGAAGUUCAAUUAGAACUAUAUGAGGCUAAGCUCGAGAUGUUAAAAUAUGAAGAAAUACUGCUUAUUACCCAGUUGGACUCUAUUAAGAGACUUAUAAAAGAGAAACAGGAUGAAGUUGUCUAUUACGAUACAUGUGAAAGUCUGGAGGAACUUAAAGUCGUUGAUAAAGUAGUGGGGCUGCCAAAGGAUAAGAACUUGGAGGUGAAAGAGCUCAGCAGGCAGUCCCAACAGCUGGAGUCCAAACGAGGCAGGAUCUGUGCUAGAAGAGCCUAUCUCAGGAACAAAAAGAAAACAUCAGUCACAGAUAGAAUAUGCAGCUCAUUUCAGUCUUUGGAUCAAUGCAAAGAAAAUCAUCGACUCAGACUGCAGCAGGCUGAAGAAAGUGUAAAAUAUUUUCAUCAGCAUCAUAGUACUCAGAUGAAAAGAGACAAGAUAAAAGAUGAGGAACAAAAGAAAAGAGAAUGGAUAAACCAAGAACGCCAAAAAACGCUCCAACGAUUAAGAGCAUUUAAAGAGAAAUGUCCGGGUCGGUCUGUACUAAAAACUUCUUGCUCAGAACCUGUGACUCCAAGCCUGCCAGGUGAACUUUCUCAGCAGACAUCCCCGCUGGCUUCUCAGACUGUGUCAGUAAUGCGUCUGUCAUCUGCGAAAGGCAGAAGUAGUCCCUCAUCUAAAGUUAGCAAUGUGAAAAGCCCCAGGUUUGAGGACUGGCCUGGAAAUACCCCUGUCCAGAUUUUUGUUCCAGUUGCUGACCACACACACUCCAAAUCCAGUGAGGAAUUGUCACCACUGCCUCCUCCUCCUCCUCUGCCACCACCUCCUCCUCCUCCUCCUCCACCCCCGCUUCCUGCUCUGCCCUUUUCUUCUCAGUCUGCGACUCAUCGGAACCUACACUUCAGACCUUCAGUAAAAGAGGAUCAGCCGCUUCCCCUCGUUUGUGAAUCAUUUCCUGAGAGACCGGGUGAUUCCUCUGAAAGUUUUAAAUGCCCAGGAUCUAUGGAUGCAGUGUUGGCUUCAUUAAGGAAUGGCAAAAGCCCUCUCCAGAAAGUGGAUGUGCCCACUUUGGCCCCUCCCCGCACCUCGGUCAAUGAGCACAUCCUGGCCGCCAUUAGGCAAGGAGUCAAACUGAAGAAAGUUCACCCAAACUUAGGCCUGAAGCCCAGCCACAAACCACCCAGUGACCUUGAGAGAAGCAUCAAGGCGGCCCUCCAAAGAAUCAAGAAAGUGUCUACUGACUCCGAGGAGGAAGAUGGCAGUGAGCAGAGCCCCAGCGAGUGGGACCAGUGAGCUCUUCCCCAAGGACAGCACACCCACCACAGUGUGCUUGAAUGAAUAGAGAGGGGCUGAAGGCCUUUUCUUGAAAAGCAUGUAUACAGGGUGCCGUCAGACUGGCCAUGUAACACCCUGAAAGAGCAGCAGGGUUUUCUGUGUGAUGUAGCUUUUAUUUGAUGUUGUGGCUCCUAAAAUCAGAGAAAGAAGCACAGACGUGUUGACUUCCCCAUACCAAGCCAGACUGGGAUAUAAGAGCCCACAGGAAGUCUUGCUGGCAUAAAAGAAUAGUAUUUAUUUUUCACCAUGGAUAAUCUAGAAUCAUUCCCUGAUUCUGAAAAAAAGUUUACAUUAUUAUGGUAAUGAGCACUAUUAGACUACUGACAGUGACCUGUGUGUGUGGAAUAGUAUCUCCUCAGACUUAAAAGUUUGAAUGUGAACACUGUUUUAGCAAUAAUCAGAAUAAAUUGCUUAUAUUCAGAAAUUA